UUUUAGGAUGAGUCAACUUAACAAAAGCAAAUUGAAAAAGGAAGGUGGUGGUACGAUGGUCGAUUCGAAAAAUGAGGAAUCGAUGAAAAUUCAUUCCAGUGCAGAUAGUAUUAAUGAUGAGAACGAUCGACCGGAAUUGUCCAUGUCAACCACCACUUCGUCAGCAUUUUGCCAAAGUUUUGGAGGCUUCGAUGUUAAUAAUAUCGCUGAAAUGGAAGAUACUGUCCCGUCUAUUAUUGAUUUUGCAAGUCAGUCAAAGCUAAUGGCUAGGAUACGCGAUAAUAAACCGAACCGAAAACUUCCAUCUCGUUGGGAUGAUGACGAUGAUGAUGGCAUCUUGAUCAAGGAUAUGAAUGAUCCAAUAGAGCAAGUGCUGACGGCAGCUGAAGAUGGUAAUUUGGAUUUACUCAAGGAUUUGAUCGGCAAUAAUCCGUCAUUGUUGUCGGCUCGCGAUGUGGAUGGGUAUACGGCAUUGCAUCGAGCUGCGUACAGUGGACAUAUUGAUACUGUCGGAUACUUGUUAUCGAUUGGAGCCAAUCCAGAAUGGA